AUGAAGUGGUUAAUCGUACUUCUCGUGAUUUUACAAAAUACUUUGGCCGAUCGAGUAUUGGUUUUGGGAGAAACUGCCGCUAUCAAAGAUACACAUUCAGUUUAUUUGAACUCGAUUACAGGUUAGUAUUGAAAAAUAAGAAAUUUCGAUUAUGUGGGAGAAUAACAUUGGGUAACCUUGUGGGAUCAAAAAUAUUCUAGUAAGGAUCAUUUUUGCGGAAUUCCUCUAUUUUCAGAACAAGCUCUUUCUCUGUUGUUAAAAUUCCAAAACUAAAACCCCUAGACAAAUCAAAUGUUUCAGCACGAGGACAUGAAUUGACAAUUCGUGCAGCUGAUGAUGCCAAUCUUGCUCUCUUCAAACAUGGUGAAUUGAUCUUCGAACAUCUUAUUGUUCUUGCUCCAGGAGUACAAGUUUUUGGUGGUUCACUUUCUUCGAGCGAAAUUUCGAAAUUCGUUGAUGCUGGUGGUAAUGUUCUGGUUGCUGCUGGUUCAAACAUCGGAGAUGCUAUUCGCGAACUUGCCGUUGAAAAUGGUUUCGAAUUCGAUGCUCCUGGAACUGCUGUUAUUGAUCAUCACAAUUAUGAUACAUCACUUGAUUCGGGAGAUCAUACAACUUUGGUUAUCAACAAAAAUCAAUUGAUUAAUGCUCAAUUAAUUGUCGGAGAUGCUUCGAAAUUGAAACCAGUUCUUUUCCGUGGAAUUGGAUUAGUUGCUGGCAGACAAAAUCGUCUCGCUUUGUCAAUUAUUAAAGGAACAACAACAUCAUAUUCAUUCGAUCCAAAAGCUCAACGCGUUACAAAUCCAGUUAUUGCUGGAACAAGAACAUUGCUUGUUGGUGGACUUCAAGCUCGCAAUAAUGCUCGAAUUGUUUUCACUGGAAGUGCUGAUUUGUUCUCAAAUGCUUUCUUCGGAGCUAAAGUCAAUUCCGCUAAUCCAUCAGUUCAAGAUAAAAAUGCUCAAUCUGGAAAUGCUGCUCUUGCCGACGCAAUCACAAAAUGGGUAUUGAAAGAAAAUGGAGUUAUUCGAGUCAAAAAAGUCAAUCAUCAUUUGGUCGGAGAAACUCAACCACCACCACAAGAAUAUACAAUUACUGAUGAUGUUGUAUACACAAUUGAAAUUGAAGAAUUGAAAAACGGAAAAUGGGUUCCAUUCCAAGGAAAAGAUGUUCAAUUGGAAUUCGUCCGUAUUGAUCCAUUCGUCAGAACUGUUCUUCAAAAUAAGGUUUGAAUUUGAUCGUUGAAAUGUUUUUACAAAUUUCUUAUUACAGAAUGGAGUUCUCACAGCCAACUUCAAAUUGCCAGAUGUUUAUGGUGUUUUCAAAUUCUUGGUUGAUUACCGUCGUGUUGGAUAUACUCAUUUAUACGAUGUUCAACAAAUGUCAGUUCGUCCACUUUGGCAUACACAAUACGAAAGAUUUAUUCGAUCUGCCUAUCCAUAUUAUGCAUCAAGUUUUUCGAUGAUGAUUGGAUUGGUUCUUUUUUCAAUCGUUUAUCUUUAUCAUAAAGAAGACCGAACUACUGGAGUAGCUACAAAGAAAUCAGAAGAUAAGAAAAAACAAUAA